GAUCUUAGUACCAGCUUUAGUUGCUCCCCCAAUUCGUGGUGUUCUGGGUUUUCUUUGUAAAUAGUUGAAGUAAUGCUGCACCUGACGGGCCAGAACUACAAUGCGCGCGACAUAAUCCGGAACAUCUUCUCGCCGCUGAUCGGCGUGCUGUCCAGUCCUCAGGCUGACGAGAUCUGCCACCGAAACAAUUUAUCCUUCGUGGAGCUUCUGCAACCGUUCGCAAAGUUGCCAAACGAUGCACAUUUUCGCGACGUUUCUGGGACGAGUGUAUCCGUUCGUGGACUCCGCCUUAAUUUCUGUGAUGUGGACUGGCGACCGCCCCAAACAGUUUUGGCCAGAAAAAUGCUUAAUGAGUCUGUGACAAAUGCCAACAAUGAGAAAACCAGACUGGCCACCAUUGCUGACAUAGACCUCGAGCUGCCCACAUCAGAACCGUGGUUCGAACAAUGGCGUGAGACCUUUUUGACUGUACAAUUCCCGGCGGAUCACGAGUUCACCCGCCAUCUACUGAGCUGCUUGCUGGUCCUGUCCAGCGCGGAUACCCAGAUCGUGGAAACAGCCCAUAAACUGGGACAACGUGUGCAACAGAUGCAGAGUAUCACGCCACAGAAGUUGCCCAAGUGGUUCCAUCCCACUGAGGUACUUAAUAGCUACGUGGUGCUACACGAGGCUAGCCAGGGGGAUUUGUCAAAGGCGCAACAGGGAUUCGAACUGCUCAAGUCCACUUUCGGAGAUAGCAAGUGUUUUCUGGUUUCCAUCAACUCUCUGGAUGGUCAAAGUGCAGCAGAGGUUCCAGAUCACUGGACAACAUUUAUCAAAAGGCAACCGAAAAGCGAUGCAAAUCUGCCCUCGACGGAUCUAAGUGCACCAAAGUCGCCACAAGAAGCGGUUUCUGUCAUCAGUAUGCCUGCGAUGCAGAUGUCACAGCUUCUGGAAGGUGUCAAUGUUCAGGAUUCCGAUCUGGCCAUGAUGCACCCUCUGAGUCCCAUGCAGGAGAGUGCGACGGAGGCGAUUAACUCGAAAUUCAGCAUUAGUAGCGAAAGUAUUGCUUCUCAAACUAUAAAUCCGAAUGUGUGGGCGAAUGAAUUGGAGGCCGAUGCUCCACAUGGCGGAUGCUUGACAAAUAGGGACAUUGACAAUCUGCGACACUUUGUUCAGGACUAUGCUGUACGUGCGCUAAUACCCUAUAUUGAGCAUCUGGUGGCCAUACUUGCCGAGGGAGUGACCAACAAAAAGGGUGUCAGCAAAUCUCUGUUAAGCGCCACUAAAAGGUGGUUUGUUACCAGCAAGCCGGGAGCAGGAGCAAACAAUCAAAAUGCAGUCAUCUAUACCAACGAAUCUGCAGAGCUGCAAACUCGAAAGUUGGGCGAUCUCUAUUUUAUGUUUGGCCAUUAUAAUUUGGCAUUUCAAGCCUACCAUCAGGCAAAACGAGAUUUUAAUGCAGACUCAGCCUGGCAAUACUACGCGGGGGCAUUGGAAAUGGCUGCCCUUUCUGCCUUUAUGUUGGGUACUGCCCAAAGGAAGACCUAUGAUUAUAUGGAAGACGCGAUUGUUUGUUAUCUCACAGUGUGCAAAUUGCAGCAAUUUGCCACUAGAGCAACGCUCUUGAGCAUGGAGUGUCUGAAAACAGCACGAUUAUAUAGCGAAGUGGCUAAGCAAUUGAUUCGCAUGACCAAUGAGGAGUCUGAUCUUCGUUCAGCUCUUUUGCUGGAACAGGCAGCCUAUUGUUUCUUGGUGACUCAACCUCCAAUGCACCGGAAAUAUGCCUUUCAUAUUGUGUUGGCCGGAAAUCGUUAUUCUCGAGCUGGUCAAAGAAAGCAUGCAUACCGUUGCUAUCGUCAAGCGUACCAGGUCUUCCAGAAGCGCGAGUGGAGCUUGGCCGAAGACCACAUUCAGUAUACAGUGGCUAAACAGGCUUACAUGCUAAAGCAACUUGAGGAGGCCAGUCGGUCAUUCGCCCAUUUACUGAGACCUGGAAGUCUUCAAAGUGCGCAGCAACAGACCAGUUUUCUGAAAGAGUACAUUCAGACGCAGAAUGAACUCCUGAAGCGAAGUCCUGAACUUGGAUUACUACCACAUGCCUUACCUCAAGUAGUGCAAUCUUCCGUUCGUGUUCUAACUUUAGUGCAAUCACCAUCGGCCGUAGCGCCCCAGGUGCCGGCCACCAACAUAAACAUUAAUUCCAAUCUCACAGCAGAUGAGUCAAUUUGGAACAAGAUUGAAGAGAUGUUAGUGAUAACGGCUGCCAAUAAUAAGCCAUUCGUGUUUAAACCCUCAAGAUAUCUGUUCACCAAGCAGCAGCCUGCAAUGGAAACUCCAGUUGCAGUGCAGGGGGAACCCAUCGAGCUGGCUGUUACCCUCUCCAAUAGCGUUCGUUGUGGGAUAGCUCUCUCCGAAAUCGAUUUACUAUGGAAACUGACUCUGGAUAAUCAAGAGGUGCUGUCAAAUGCUUGUAUUUAUGAGGAAUCAUCUGAUAGUGCUAGCAAAAUAGCUGUAAGAGCAGCAGUUAAAACAAGUUGCGUGGCAACUAUCAAUCUGGCCGAACAGGCUGAGGAAACUUUGCAAUUUAAACUGACUCCCAAGUUGACCGGACGUCUGACUGUUCUGGGAGUUGUUUGUCGGGUAGCUGCCGGUGUGGAUCCUUCAGCUAGCCUUCUAGGUACCUUACAGUUCGAGGCGCAAAAGAUCAGACCUAACAAUUCCAAGCAAUCCUCGCAGACUGUUUUGGACAAUAGAUUAACUAUUAAAUUGUUUCCACAAAUGCCCGCCAUGAAUGUAAGUUUUACUCCUGUUCCCAGUCGACUUUUAGCUGGUGAAAUUAUACCAGUUUAUGUGACUCUUCGAAAUCUGGGAAUUUCUCCGAUUGAGGAAAUUUACUUGGGAUGCGAUAAUCCGCGAUGCUUGUCCCUCCUUGAUCAACACAGUCAAAUGCCACUGACUAUGAUGAGUUCCCUCCGUAAUCUAUCCAAUGACAAACUCGUAAAGGAUAAGGAAAUCCGUGGACAGCGAGUUUACCGCCUACUUAACCACCCCGGGCAGGCUGCCUUAGAUGCCCAGCAGGUUCAAACAAUUUCCAUGUGGGUGCAGGCUCCACACCAAGCAGGCCCGUUUACAUUACGCCUGCUAUUCUACUACUCCUUGCCAUCCGCAUCGAAUUCACCCAUAAAAUAUCGCUUGGUUCGCCAUAUUUGGCAGCUACAGGUAGAAAGUUGCCUGCAGGCAGACUCUACUUGUGUGGUUAGUAACGCGGUGACCAAUGAACUUGGUCUAGAUGUGAACGUUAGGAACCAACAUGCGGUUGAAGAUACGGAGGUAUAUGUCAACUCGAUUUCCUUGUACUCCAAGGAAUUUAAUUUGAAUCCGGAUAAGUUAUACAUAAUGAACAAUAUGGGAGUCAGCAAGGGACAGGCGGGACCUCAGUGCCUCAAGUCUUCCAUAUGCUGCAAUUUUCAGUGUCGCCUGCAGGAGAAGGAGAAAAAAGAAGAAUUCCAAGACAUUCCAUCGAUCAAAACCUUGCUACAAUCGCGACUAUCUCAUUUAAAGAUCCUGCCUGCCCACCACGCCCAGCAAGUGGAGCAGCACAUGCCCACGAUACAAGAACGGCACAGCUUCCUUACUAACGAGGAGACGGUGUAUUUCAAUACCAAUAUCUCUACGGAGGAGUUUAACGCAAGCAUCGCUGACUAUAUUCCACAUGCUACUCUGGCUCUAAGUUGGAGUGCCCUGGUGGCCAGGGAGGAGGGACAACGCCUGGCCUGUGGCUUGCACUUUAUUAAGCUAUAUAAACUUUUUGAAACUGGGCAUUGUCCGGCGGCGCCAAUAGGGACUUUUGUACGGAGACGGCAAUCUGCUGACGACUCUAAUCGACGAGAAUUCACACUUCCUGACAGUGCGGUUAAAAAUGAAGAGGCAUGGCAGCCCUUGGCUGAUGCUGAUGAAGAGGACUACUGGGAGCCCAACGACAACUAUGUAGGCCAACGAUGUCUUUUGGAAGAUGAGAGCUUUGUGAUGGCAGUCAAAGCUUAAAGCUUGUAUUCUGUUUUAAAAUAUUUUCAUUAAGUUGAAGAUUCUAAAAUGAAUCAAAUUGAUUGGUCCUUGAUCAGAUACCAUCCUGAACAAAAUCGAGAACUCGCAAACUAAAGGCACGUUAUUUUCUCACUGAUCCAUGUAUUCUUAAACCCCUAAAUAAAUCAUUUAAUCUGCAA